CAAAACUCACAUGAACCUCUUAUCAAGUCUUGUGGAUCACUAGAACUUUAUUCUUCACCACCACUCAUGUAUACUACAUUAUCCUUCCCUUCUCUUUUCCCUACCAUUUCUCACAAUGUCAACACCACUUCAACCAUCACACUUGGGCACAAUAACUUUUUCUCCAGCAAAUCUCAUGAACCUGGUAGCCAAAGUCGUAAAGUUUCUGGCAAUCAAUGUCGGGCUAGAAGGCAACUAAGAUUUAGUGAAGACGAAUGUGAAAAUGAUGAAGAAUAUGGACACAAUGAAGCGAUAUCAUUGUUAGAAUUCUAUAGCCAGGUGGCAAAAAACGAAGCACUUUUGGUUAAAGCAAUCGUUGAUGACCUAGAAGUUGAAGUUCUAAUCUUUAAGGGAUUCUCAUCGAGCUUGAGCUCAGGAACUUCUCCUGACCCCACAAGGAGCAUUCUCCCGGCAAGAGCGGUUAUAAAAUGUAUUGAUCGAGUCAAAGGCCCCUUUGAUCCAUCUAAUAUCGAUUACAUUGAGAAGGACUUGACACUUGAAGCCUUUGAAACAGUUGUUGAAAAAAUAAAAUCCAUUCGAUCCAAUCAUCAAAACUGAGUGACUAACUCAAUUCUCAUGCAUCGGUUUGUUUUCACAUAUAUAAUUCACAAGCAUAUAUUCAUAUAUUGAUGUUUUACACUUUCCAAAUUAAAUUCUUAAUAUUUGCGAAGAUAAGCUAGAAAAAUUAUAUGUAAUUUGUAAUUUUAUAAUAGAGAAAACAUGAGAAUCAAUACUAUAAUACAAAGGUAAUUAAAUUUUUGUUA